AUGACUUCCCGCUCGAACGCGCCCGUGCGGCUCGAGCACACAUUGCGCGUCGGAGGCGGCGGGCUCGCGGGUGCGACGCUGCGGGCGUGUGUCGCGGAGGCGGCGUCGGGAAUCCGCUUCCUCUCGCUCACUCUCUCGCGCACCCCUGAGGACGGCUUCGCGCAGCGGUGGGAGGACUGCGCUGCUGGCAAUUCUCUCUCGCAUCUUUUGACCUCCCAAACGCAUCCUACUACGCUCGUGCUCAAGAUAGAGAAGGAACAUUGGGAGCGCGACGACGAGUGGCGGGUGCUGACGGGGCUGCCAAACGCAUUAGCCCCUUUACCGGUGGAGCACCUCGCACUGUGGGUGCCCACUUGGUACAAUAACAGGCGCAAGCACGGCGGCGACGACGACGACGAGCCAGUUGGGCCGACCCACUCCCCAAGAAUCCUGGGGGCGAUCUGUCUGCCGCUUGCCAGUGCUCUACCACGUCUGCAGUACCUCUCUCUCUCCGAUGCAUACGGGCGUUCAGAAGAGUGUCCCAAAGACCCGGUCUACGACUACUUUUCGGAGCAUCAUGCUACCAAGGAGCCGCUGCAUUGGUGCUGGUUCCGCGUCGUUAACAAAGAUGGUACACGGGCACUGGAGCACAUCUGGAGCGACCACGGCGAAGCCGCGGUAGAGAACAUGUUGCGAGCUGUACGGGAGUGA